AUGGCUCUGGAGGGGCGAUGUCUCCAGCGGGGAUCCCCAGCCGUAGUGAGGAGAGGCCGCCGGCGCCUCCCUGGAAGGCCAGGCCUGUCCUCAAUCACCUCCACCCUGCUGGCUGGGACACGUCUGCACGGCCUCAGGCAUGUGUGUGUCCCCGGUGGCUCCAUAAGCCGUCGGGCCUUCUGGCUGCUGGCCCUGUGCACCUCAUUGGGCCUGCUCCUGUCCUGGUCUUCCAACCGCCUGCUUCACUGGCUCUCCUUCCCCACCUACACACGGAUCCACACAGAGUGGGCCAAGGAGAUGGCCUUCCCCACAGUCACUAUCUGCAACAACAACCCAAUCCGCCUUUACAAGCUCACCAAAAGUGACCUGUACUUUGCUGGCCACUGGCUGGGCCUACUGCUGGCGAACCGGACGGUGAGACCCAUGGUGCUGGAUUUGCUGCAGGAAGACAGCCAGGCCUGGUUCAGCAAACUGUCUGACUUCAGGCUGUUCCUGCCCCCCAGAAACUUUGAGGGCAGCAACCUGGAGUUUAUGGACCGGCUGAGCCACCAGCUGGAGGACAUGCUUCUCUCCUGCAAGUACCGAGGAGAACGGUGCGGUCCCCAGAACUUCACCUCUGUGUUCACCAGGUAUGGGAAGUGUUACAUGUUCAACGCAGCGGAGGAGGGGAAGACGCUGCGGACCACCAUGAAGGGAGGGACGGGGAACGGCCUGGAGAUUAUGCUGGACAUCCAGCAGGACGAGUACCUACCCGUGUGGGGCAACACAGAGGAGACAGCGUUCGAGGCGGGAGUGCGGGUGCAGAUCCACAGCCAGGCAGAGCCCCCGUUCGUCCACGAGCUGGGCUUUGGCGUUGCCCCGGGCUUUCAGACCUUUGUUGCCACUCAGGAGCAGAGGCUGACCUACCUGCCUCCUCCGUGGGGAGAGUGUGAGUCCAAGGCCCUAGACUCUGGCUUCUUCCAGGUCUAUAGUGUGACAGCUUGCAGGAUCGACUGUGAGACACGCUACAUCGUGGAAAACUGUAACUGCAGGAUGGUGCACAUGCCCGGUGAUUCUCCAUUCUGUACCCCUGAACAGUACAAAGACUGUGCCGAGCCUGCCCUUGCCAAGUUGUCAAUGCUGGAGAGUAGUAACUGCAUCUGUAGGACACCAUGCAACAUGACACGCUACAACAAGGAGCUGUCCAUGGUCAAGAUCCCCAGUAAGACCUCAGCACGCUACCUGGAAAAGAAGUUCAACCGCUCUGAGAAAUACAUCACGGAUAACAUCCUAGUCCUGGAUGUGUUCUUUGAGGCCUUGAACUAUGAGACCAUUGAGCAGAAGAAAGCCUACGAAGUGGCAGGCUUACUUGGUGAUAUAGGUGGUCAGAUGGGUCUGUUCAUCGGGGCCAGUAUCCUUACCAUCCUGGAGCUAUUUGACUACGCCUAUGAGGUGGUGAAGGACAAGUUGCUGGACCUACUGAGCCGAGACGACGAGGAGGAGAGCCACGGAGAGGACGUGAGUUCCUGUGACCCGGUGGCGAACCACUCGGAGGCCAUCAGCCACACGGUGAGCGUCCCCCUACAGACCACCCUGGGCACGCUGGAGGAGAUCGCCUGCUGAGCCCCCAGCCCAGCUCCACACACACACCAGGCAAGGCCAC